AUGACAGUGAAUAGAGGAGCGAGGACCUUCUUAUCUGUCUUCCUGCUGUGCUGCUGGCAAGACGUGCAGCCCUGGCCGAAUAGAGAGCUUUCAGGUUCAAGUGGUAAGCAAUGGCCAAAUUUUGAAACUCUGGAUGAUGACAUAGCUACAGUGUUUGAUGAAAUCCUAGUCCGGGAGAUUCUAGAGCCAGGGAAAGCACCGUAUUUUGAAAGCCCAUCAACAACUUCACAACAAAAAACGACGACGGGAAAAAAAGUCCACAGGAAAGAAUCCACUGCUUUUAAGAGAUAUCAGAAGCAAUCACCUUCUGGGACCAUGCAUACCCUCUCCUUUGAUGACAAGCAGAAAGAAACACUUUUUCAGCUAAGAAGCCUUGAAGCUCUGGAGAAAAUGAUUGACAAGAUUCGAAGAGCUAUUGAAACUAAGCUCAAGAAACAACAGAAGCUCCAGAAAAGUAGAACCAGACAACUCCUGGGGAAACUAUUCUAG